CUAUAUCGCUUUUGUUCCGCAAAGUGGGCCAAGAUGAAGCAUGGAAGUUGGGAGGCUCAGUUUCAAUUCCUUUCAUGAUUGUGUUCAUUAUCAAUCUAAACUUAAACGUUGGAUGGCUCUUUGCUUGGGAUGCAGUCAAUGCCACAGGCUCUGCAAUUCUUCUUCUACUGAUAGCAAUUACUAAUGCCAUUGCUAUAAGUCUGUCAUCAGUAAGCUUUGGAAAAGUAGCAUCAGAUCUGUAUCAGAAUUCAAGGCUUGACUUUUGGGCAGGAGUUUGUGUUCUAAAUGGAUAUGAUAUAUAUGACACUUGGACUACACUUGCUGCCCUCAUCAAUCUCACGGCCUUCUUCAUGUAUGAGACUGAGAUUGACGGCAAUAGUGUGUGCAUCGGGGUGCUGAUAUUUGUGUUGGUGGCCUAUUCUGGAUACUUUAUUUUGGAGAACACUGUAUUAGCCUUCUGGGGUAAUCCAUGCUUCACACAUUAUUUAG